AAUCAUUCCAUUCAUUUACAUCUCAAAUGAUAUCCCACUUCCUGGUUACUCCUUCACCAAUUUUGAUUUGCAUUUCUUGAUGACUAAGGAUGUUGAACAUUUCUUUAGGUGCUUCUCAGCCAUUCGAGAUUCCUCAGUUGAGAAUUCUUUGUUUAGCUCUGUACUCCAUUUUUCAUAGGGUUAUUUGGUUCUCUUAAGUCUGACUUCUGGAGUUCUUUGUAUAUAUUGGGUAUUGGCCCUCUGUUGAAUGUGGGAUGGGUAAAGAUCUUUUCCCAAUCUGUUGGUUGCCAUUUUGUCCUAUUGACAGUGUCUUUUGCCUUACAAAAGCUUUGCAGUUUUAUGAGGUCCCAUUUGUUGAUUGGUGAUGGGCAUACACGCAAAAGAUGCUCCACCAUAUAACAAGGACACAUGAUCCACUAUGUUCACAGCAGCCUUAUUUAUAAUAGCCAGAAGCUGGAAACAACCCAGAUGUCUUUUAACGGAUGAAUGGAUAAAGAAAAUGUGGUACAUCUACACACUGGAGUACUAAGUUUUUUAAAAACAAUGACUUCAUGAAAUUCUUAGGCAAAUGGAUGGAACUAGAAAAUAUCAUUCUGAGUGAGAUAACCCAGUCACAAAAGAACACACAUGGUAUGGACUCACUAAUAAGAGGCUAGUAGGCAAAAAGCUCAGAAUACCCAAGAUACAAUUCACAGACAUUAUGAAGCUCAAUAAGAAGAAAGACCAAAAGGUGAAUGCUUCAGUCCUUCUUAGAAGAGGGAACAAUAUUCUCAAGGGAGGAAAUACUGGGACAAAGUGUGGAGCAGGAACUGAAGGAAAGGCCAUCCAGAGACUGCCCUACCUAGGGAUUCAUCCCAUAUAUAGACACCAAACCCAGACAGUAUUGCAGAUGCCAAGAAGUGCAUGCUGACAGGAGCCCGAUAUAGCUGUUUCCUGAGAGGCUUUGCCAGAGUCUGAGAAAUACAGAGGUGGAUGCUCAAAGCCAACCAUUGGACUGAGCAUGGGGUCCUCAAUGGAGGAGUUAGAGAAAUGACUGAAGGAGCUGAAGGGGUUUGCAACUCAUUGGAAGAACAGUAUCAAUGAACAAACCCCCCACCCCCAGAGCUUCCAGGGACUAAACCACCAACCAGAGUACACAUCGAGGGACCCCUGGCUCCAGCCGUAUAUGUAGCAGAGGAUGGCCUUGUUGGACAUCAAUGGGAGGAGAGGCCCUUGGAUCUGAGAAGGCUUGAUGCCCCAGUGUAGGAGAAUGCCAGAGCGGGGAGGUACCUGUGGAGAUCAGAGGUAUCGGCAGACCCUCUUGGAGCUGGAAUUAUGGAGACUGUUUGCCAUCUGAGAGGGACUAUGUGGACUUGAUUAUGAGAACACAUAACGUCGAGAGACAUCGAAAUCAUCUGAAGUGUUGGGGGCAUAGGAAGACUGAAAUGCUACUCCCUUCAUCUUGGAAUCCUUCCCCUCACGGUGCUCGUCUUAGUCUUCUUUUGCUUCGUGUGCCUGAGCCUCAGAAGCCAGGAAUGGGGGCACCCAGGAGCUGUGAAUAGGAAGGCCUAUCCCCAGCCAAGGGUACUGACACCCACUAGGACAGAUGUUCUUGUCCUGACUCCUUGGCUGGCUCCCAUCAUCUGGGAGGGGACCUUCGACAUUGACACACUGAAUGAGCAGUUCAGGCUUCGGAACACCACGAUCGGACUGACUGUGUUUGCCGUCAAAAAGUAUGUGGUGUUCCUGAAGCUCUUCCUGGAGACGGCAGAGCAGCACUUCAUGGUGGGACACAAGGUCAUCUACUAUGUCUUCACUGACCGGCCAGCUGAUGUCCCACAGGUGCCCCUGGGUGCAGGACGGCGGCUGGUGGUGCUAACUGUGCGCAACUACACCCGCUGGCAGGACGUGUCCAUGCACAGGAUGGAGGUGAUCAGCCACUUCUCAGAGCAGCGCUUUCGGCAUGAGGUGGACUACCUGGUGUGUGCAGAUGUGGACAUGAAGUUCAGGGACCACGUGGGUGUGGAGAUUCUCUCAGCGCUCUUUGGCACCCUGCAUCCUGGCUUCUACCGUAGCCGACGAGAGUCCUUUACCUAUGAGCGCCGGCCACAGUCCCAGGCCUACAUCCCCUGGGACCAGGGUGACUUUUACUAUAUGGGAGCCUUCUUUGGGGGGUCAGUGGUGGAGGUGCACCAUCUCACCAAGGCCUGCCACCAGGCUAUGGUGGAGGACCAGGCCAAUGGCAUUGAGGCCGUGUGGCAUGACGAGAGCCAUCUGAACAAGUACCUGCUAUACCAUAAGCCGACAAAGGUGCUGUCCCCAGAGUACAUGUGGGACCAGCAGCUACUGGGCUGGCCCUCCAUCAUGAAGAAGCUGAGAUAUGUGGCCGUGCCCAAGAACCAUCAGGCGAUCAGGAACUGAUAGCUGAAUCCCUGUUGGAGAGGACAGGCCAUAGCCAGGGGCACUCCAGCCUGUGCUGGAACUGAAAAGAUUUGAGGGACAAUUGUCACCCUCUAUCCCACCUCAGAGUCCAGCAGGCCCAGUGUCACUUGGCUUACCACACACUUGAGUCCUGGAGUGGCAACCAUCUUCAGCUCCACUAUGUGUCCCUGAGCUCCUUGCAUUGAGUGGCAUGGUAUAUGGAAUCUUCAGAACAUGGAGAGAGUCUGUUACAUAGUUAACUGAGGGUUGGUGCAUCCUCCCUCAGGCUUGGUCCUUCCUCUUCAGGGAGGCUUGACAGAGGGCCCGUGCCCAUAGGAACAGGCAGGAGGGCAGGGAGAGUCAGCCUGCAGUCCACAGAGGUGCUUAUCUACCGUUCAGCUCAUUCGGGGCAGAUCACCGAUCAUUUUUGGUUUAUUUGGGAAUAGGUAUCUAUCCAUUCCUGGGAAUAAAUGCAUUUCUAGGUGAUA